UCGAAGUCGAUCCCCGCUGUGCGACGUGGCGAGUAGGAAGCCCGGAGUCUCGUUCAGUCCUCAUGAUUUCUCGGCUAUGAGGUGGAACCAUGAGGUGGAGCUUCCUCAUAGUAGUGGUAGUAAGUGGUAGCUUGGCACUCGGGCAGGAUGCAGGAGGCAGCAGCGAAAAGGAGGCGGAGAAGAGUGCGAGGGAGGAGGCCCUGGAGGCGGGUCCUCGCGCGCAGGUGAACGAGCCCUCGCCCAGGAACUCGUCGGACUCGCAGGCUGGUGAUGGAAGAAACAGAAGCAGCAUCUCUGCUGAUGGAGCUGCAGUUACAACAACAGAAGCUCCUCAUUUGGGACUCCAUGUUGGGAACAGCAGUAUCGACAAUGUGUGCAACAUAACAGUAGAAGAUUACAGCAAAUUGACUACAUUCUAUCCCCAGCACUGCAGCAAGGAUGCAGAGCCAGAAGCACCAGAGGCUGAUGGGGGGACUGUGGACACAGAUUCCUCCAACGAGACGCUCCCCUGUCAGUCCAGUGUUGAUCUGCCUGCCGUUGGGGCUGCUGAGCAAGAACAUUUGUCCUCGCUCUCUAUUUUCCUGAUCUUAUGUGUCUUGGCCAUGUGCGUCAUCCUGAUCUUCUUCCUCUUGAAGACCAAGUUGAAUUAUUUACCAGAAAGCGUGGCUUGUGUCAUAGUAGGUGCUGUAAUUGGUUUGGUGCUGAAGAUCAUGUAUAGUCAGAACAUCGCUAACUGGCAGAAAGAGGAAGCAUUUUCGCCCACAGUCUUCUUCUUGGUUAUUCUGCCUCCCAUCAUCUUUGAGUCUGGCUACAAUCUCCACAAGGGCAACUUCUUCCAGAAUAUUGGUUCCAUUGUUGUGUUUGCAGUUGUAGGAACCCUCAUCUCUGCACUGGUGGUGGGAGGAGGAGUGUACUUGUUGGGUCAAGCUGAUGUUGUAUAUAAACUGACUUUUGUGGAAAGUUUUGCAUUUGGCUCUCUCAUAUCAGCUGUUGAUCCUGUGGCAACACUAGCCAUCUUCCAUGCUCUUAAUGUGGACCAAGUGUUAUACAUGUUGGUGUUUGGAGAGAGUAUUUUAAAUGAUGCUGUUUCAAUUGUGCUUACUAGUACUAUCCUGGAGAUGGCUUCACCAGCUAUGGCAUCGAUGGGUUCUGGGGAAGCCCUCCUCUACACUGUAUGGCGCUUCUGUGUCAUGUUCUUUGCCUCUGCCGGUAUUGGUGUGGCUUUUGCUCUCCUCAGCGCUCUCACCCUGAAAUAUGUUCCUGUUCGGGAAUAUACAUCCCUAGAGUUGUCGAUGAUCAUAAUAUUCAUAUAUGCUCCUUACACCUUGGCUGAGGGUAUACACUUAUCAGGUAUAAUGGCCAUUCUCUUCAAUGGCAUCGUUAUGUCCCACUACACCCACUUCAACAUGUCACCAGUGAUGCAGAUUACAAUGCAACAUCUCAUGCGAACACUGGCUCUCAUUGCUGAAUGCACAGUGUUCAUUUACCUGGGACUAGCACUCUUCAGCUUCAGGCAUCAGUUUCAUAUUGCACUUGUGCUGUGGAGCAUCGUGCUUUGCCUGCUUGGUCGUGCUCUAAACAUCUUCCCCUUGUCAUGGCUGGUAAACAAGUUUCGAGACCACCAAAUCAACUAUAAAAUGAUGUUUAUUAUGUGGUUUAGUGGCUUACGUGGAGCCAUUGCUUAUGCCUUGGCCCUCCAUCUGGAAUUCAGUGAUGAAAAGCGCCAUGUAAUUGUAACAACAACUCUCAUCAUUGUGCUCUUUACCAUUUUCUGCCUUGGAGGUGCCACUAUGCCUGUUAUUAAGUACCUCAAGGCAGACAAGCGGCAGAAGAACAAAAGGCCCAAAGAACGCGACAAGGAACUCACAAUGAGCAAGACAAGAGAAUGGGGGCAAGCUGUUGAUUCAGAGCACUUGUCAGAGUUCACGGAGGAAGAGAGUGACACUCCUGUGGGAACUCAAGUGAGAGGAUUCCUACGCCUGGACCUGCUUUAUCUCCGUCCAUUCCUUAUAAGGCGUGUAACUCAUCAAGAGGUGAGAUCACAUGCUUAUGACCUAAAGAAGCAAUGUUACCAGUCCAUCAAUGUACAGCCAUCUGAUUCAGAAGAAGAGGAACUGUUUUCAGCAACUUAGAGGAGGAGAGAUACGAAUGAAAAUGUAAGGAAAAAUGUGAAAACAAUGUAGGUCAUAAAAUGACUUCCAUUUAUCGAAAGAAGUGUAAAUAUUUCCUGCCAAUAAAGUGCCAUGUAAUACACAGGAAGUUACUGACUGAAGGGAUAAAGUAUAGGCACUGUGCAAAUGAGCACUUUAUGUAUAGUCAUUUUGUUCACUUACUUUUGUGGCCAUGUUUAUCAUUUGUAUUUUAGGAGUCUGCAAACUAAGUCAGCCUUUGUGGAAAGGCAUACAAGUGAAUCUUUUCUUUCUUUUUAAGCUGUGUCAUAUUUUAGGUAUUUGCGCUGCUGAUUCUUGUGACUGCACAUGAUUGAGUUAGAUACAGUGGAAAUGAUUUUGGAAAUUGGAUAAAGAAAAGUUCUCUCUAUUAGAAUGAUCAUUCUAGACUGAAUCAUGUAGAAUUUCAAAACCAAAUUGAAAUGUUUAAUUUUUUAUUGUAACUAUUUGGCUAAGAUAAUUUUUGAAGCAUAAUUAUAAAGUAGGUGUUAAAAGUGCAUAUUUAUUUUAUUGUAGAUGUUUGUUUUUUAGAAAUCCAUUUUUUCUUACUAAGGAUGAUUAAUUUCUUUUUGUAAUUAUGUUAUUCAAAUAUAAGAGGUCAAAGAUUUCAGAAAGAUGAUUAC